AGUAAUAACAUCAGGGAAGUGAAGUGUUUUACGUAGCGGAGGCAAAACAAGGAAACUGUUUUUAUGAAAUCCGCUUACAGGAGUUAGUGAGUUGGUCUUACUGCAUGCUACACAGGCUAGUGCUAGCGUUAAGUUGGUUAACCGAGUGUUAACUUAACUCAAGUGUUAUUUGAGGCUUAGAUAUAACGUUACGAAGAGCCCGGGAUAAGUAUUACGACAUCAACCUGAGCUUCCAGAACUGAAGUCAAGCUAGUAGGUAACCUAAACCUACCGCCGCAGAGGACGGCGAAGGGGAAUUAGCUACAGAGUUCAGGAAAAGGUUAGCCAACAGCCUGGCGUCGUUAGCUUUUUAAUAAGCCAAUUGGUGUUAACUUUUGGUAAAGCUUAACGGACUUCCGCUAUGUCUCUGGCCGACCAGAGCCAGCAGUGGUACCCUACGAGUGUCCAGGUAACCGUGCAUCAGGCUCGGAACCUGCGCUCCAAGGGCAAGAAUGGCACCAACGACGCCUACGCCAUCAUCCAGGUGGCCAAAGACAAGUUUUCUACCUCCGUGUCUGAGAAAUGCGUCGCUCCAGUGUGGAAAGAAGAGGCUUCCUUCGACCUGCCGCUCUUCCACCCGGGAAACGGAGACCGAUGCACGCUGUACGUCAUCGUGAUGCACCGGGCUCAAGUGGGGCUCGACAAGUUCUUGGGUCAAGCUGUGGUGAACUUACUGGAUCUUCAUGACAACAAGUCAGGCAAAAAGACCGAUUGGUUCAAGCUGGUGGACAAGAGUGGGAAAGAGGACAAGGUGCGAGGGGAGGUGCUGCUAGAUAUCCAGUUCAUGAGGAACAACAUGUCAGCUAGCAUGUUCGACCUCUCCAUGCAGGACAAGCCGCGCUCCCGCAUCUCCAAGCUGAAGGACAAAGUCCGGGGGAAGAAAAAGGACGGCUUCUCCGACUCGGCCUCGGCUAUCGUUCCCUCUGUCAGCAAGGGCCUCACCGACAGCGAGGGAGAGGCUGACGCGCAGUCCCUCGACCAGUCUCCGGGAGUGAAAAAGAAAUCUAAGCUCAAAACCCUCUUUGCUCCCAAAUCAAACUUGCAGCGAAACAUCUCACAGUCCAUGUCCACGCUGGGGACUCUUCCCGAGAAGAAUUCCUCGCUCAGUAGCAGCCGCUCAUCUGGCCUCAAUGUAGACUCUCCUGAAGUGAAAAAGAAAUUCAAAUUCCUGGGACACAAGCGGACAGGAAGCUCUGACAGCAAGUUGUCUCAAGGUCCUUUCUCCCUGCUGGGUCGCUCCAAGCAGAGCAACAGUGACCUGAACAACCUGUGCAUCAACGGCAGCCACGUGUACGCAGAGGACACAGAGCCCAAGAGUGGAUCUACUCUCAGUCUGAACAGCUCAGGCCAAGGAUCAGUGGAGGAUGUCCGCAGACACACCUCAGAUGUCCCUGCAGAUUCCACUUUCAGCAUACCUGUCCCCUCCUUCAAGCAUGAGUCUACAGACAGGGCAACCCUGGAGCAGCAGCGCCAUCAAGAGGAGGAGGAGAGAAGGCAGGCAGAGGCGAGGCGCAUGGCAGAGGCCAAGAGGCUGGAGGAAGAGGAGAAAUACAAGCUAGAGGCCAAGAGGCUGCAGGAGGAAGAGGAGCGCAGACACCGGGAAGAACAGGAAAGGAAGAAACGCUUCAUUGAGGAUGAAGCAAAGCGGAAGAAACAGACGGAGGAGGAAAAAGAGCGGAGAAAGCAAGAGGAAGCAGCCGAACACCAGAAGCUGGAGGAGGAGCGGCGCAGAGCCGAGGAGCAGAAACGACAGGAGGAGGCAUCCAUGAGCGACCGGCUGACAUCUCUGUUUGGAAUGAUCCGAAAGAAGGAGGAGAAGAAGGAGGAGGUGGUACCGCAGCAAGCUGCAGAGGAGAAAACAGCCCCUCGCAGCAACAUCUCCCACCGCUCCAACAACCCGUUUGACGACAUUCCCCUCAGCUCCGAUCCUCCAGUUAGCAGUCAUGAAAGCCCAGCUGAUGAUCAGAAAUCCAGCCUCAACCAACAAAAAGAAAAAAAAGUGUCCGCAGUCAAGCCCAGAUUUACUCCAUCUCUGGAGUCUGAACCCGCUGACUGCCAACUCCCCAGUCAGCUGUGUCCUUCCCCAACCGCUUCUGAGUCCACCCUCUCUAGUGUCCCAUCGGAGUCCCCUGAUACUUUCUCCAGUCUCCACUCAUCCCUGGCUCCACCCAACAUAAGUCAGAGCCUGUCUGGUUCUCCUCGUGGCAGCAUAGAGGAUCUUUCCUGUGUGGGAUCUUCACCCACCAUGGCGGAUAAGAAGAGAAGAGCCCCCGUGCCGCCCUUGUACAAAGUACACGGGACCCAACCUGUCAGGGAGAUCACGAACCCUGCAUACGCAGAGGCAGAUGGGCCGCAGCAAGGCAGAAAAGUAAUGUCCGUACCGCUCCCCGAUUACGAAACCCUCUUUCCUCAGAAGAGGCACGGAGUGCAAGGGCACACUCGAUGGGACCAUAUAAUCGCUGAGGUCAAUCAGAAACACAGGCACAGUCAAGAGAUGAGCGUGGAUGGCCCACAGGAGCAUGAACCCAGUCUUAGGUCGUCACCCCCAAAGGAGAGUCCCGCUAUUAGGCAUUAUCAAACGCAACCUCAAGACACAAAACCUGUGUCGUCAAAAAAAGUUGCGGCCCCAGCUCCUCCUAAAUCAGUCCUCCAACCUCCACAACCUCGAUCAGAUUCCAGCCAGAGACAGAGCCAGAAUACCGCUGAACAAUCUCUCAUGAGGUCUAAUCUGCCCGCGGUCCCAGAACCUGUAAACGCAAGCAGAGAAAGUCUCUCGGGGAUGUCCAGGGGUGGAGCAAGGGAGGCGUUGCACCCACCACCCGCAGCGACGAGUCCACCCAGACCAACUAGCCAAGUGGACUUGGAUACGUCAGAUGAUGAAAACCAAGUGCAAGUCACUGUAAAGAAAGAUGCACCCACAGCUAAACCCAGACAGAAUGCCAAUGGCAAAGAGCCAGAACAGCAAGACGAUUCUGCUGUGACACCAGCGGUCUCAGACAAAUAUACAAACAGUAACCUCCAAACAUUAUCUAGUUCACGCAUUAGCAGCACGGUCAGGAAAGACGGGCAGGAACGGGAGAACUUUGAGUUUGACCCGUUCCCCAGCACUGAGCUUCUUUCCAAAGACCCAUGGGCACAGCUGACUCGGAACCAAGACGUAGAUGACCUUUUUACCGGCAGCGUACAAAAAGGGCGGAAAGUUGACGACCGGGGAAUGUCGCAAGACGAUCUCGAUAACCUUUUCAGUCAAGAGAAGCGUACAGAUCCAUUUGAUUUUAACGGCAGCGAUUCAGAAGAACCCAGUGAGCACCGGACAAAAGAUGAAGAUUCAAAGCAUGUCGGUCCUGCUUUCCAACGAAGGAAUUCAUCGAGACAAAACAAGAUUAUUCCGUCCACACUUCGCUCGGAUAAUAACACUUCCAAGUCUCGAAAAGAGCCCGCAUAUAAAGCAGAAACUACGGUAACCACAGCUUAUCAAGGCCUCUCCGCAAGAGGUGUUAGCAGUGGGCCUAUCGCACCAAAGCUUCCAGCUGAUGCGAAAACCCAAAGCAAAUUUAAUGGAGGAGAGGAUCCAUUUGGAGCUGAGCCUUUUACCCCUACCUUGACUUCCCCAGAACCCCUCCAGGUAGUUAUGGAGGAACCAGCGCCUCAGGCAGGAGGCAAGUUUCCCCCAGACAAACCUUUGCGAGCAUGGGUCUCACCCUCUGAUGUUCAGCCUGUCAGUGCUCAGAAUAGCAAUGGAGGUGGGCUAGCCUUUACUCCACGCAGGCCUCAUCCAGUGAAGCCCAUGAGUUUAGAGAGCCAGGCUCCCAUCAGCAGCCCCGCUGUGAAAGAGAUAAAGGUCCGCGAGAGCCCACCGGGGAAGAUUCAGGUGUCGCACUCGGUGCAGAGCGGCCCGUACACUCAGCUGACACAGGAAGAGUUGAUCACGCUGGUGGUGCGGCAGCAAGCCGACCUGUCCCGCAAGGACUCUCAGAUCGUCGAGCUGGAGGAGUACAUCGACAGACUGCUGGUCCGAGUCAUAGAGGAGCAACCCAGCAUCCUGCAAUCUCUGAACGCCUCCAAGCCAGUGUAAGGUACCGGCCGCUGGAAGACCAGCAUCUCACCCAGAGACCCAGUUGUACGUCUGUUUCUGUGUGUGUUUGAACUGUUUGUCACUGUGUACCGCGAGACGCGAUCUCCACCAAGGUCUUAGAGCAUUAUGCACUUUCUUAGUUUCAGAGUCAAAUUUGCUUGACAAUGCUGGAAAAUUUGUCUCUGGAGUAAAAACAUGUAGUGAACCCUUAAUAACAAGCAAGUAAAUCAUCUUUAUAUGAGCAAAUGAAUGUUUGUUUUGACACUAAGGUACUGGGAUUUGCUUUAAAAAAACCAAAUGAAAAUCUAUUCAACAUUUUGAUUUCUAUACCAUGCUUGAUGAAACUUGGGUUGAGCUUUAUUUAAUAUACUUAUGGUGCAGAUUUAAAAAAGAGAAGUUUUUAUUUUAUUUUUUUCAAACGAUUAUCCAGCAUUUUCACCACUUUUCACUGGGUUUUGUGUUAAUGUACUCCUGUGUUAUAAUCAUAUACAUAACCUUCAACAAUCAUUCCAAAUUCAUGCAUCAUCUUAAUUUUUCUCUCAUAUGAUCUCAUGAGCGGAGUCCAGAUUAAGAUUUAUAUAACAAGGGCACAUUAACGUCUCCCUCCACCACUAAAGUCUUAUUUUUUUAAUUUUAUUUGUUGAUCCAUUUGUCUGUGUCGGUGUGUUUUAUUUUUUAUUUUUUUAACCAGACAACAAUCCUCCCGCAUUUAACUCACCGCAGUCGGAAUGUCAGCUGAUCAUCCCAAACGUAUUGUGCCUGUUUUUGCUUCAAAGAGGUGUUAUUUAGAAAAACCAGCAAUACAUAAAAAGCAAGCAGUUGCAACGUACUGUACAUAGUCUGAAUUACACAGCAGCUAUAGCAGUUAUUUCUGUCAUGUGGUUGUUAUGGAGCAUGUGCACAUAUGUUUUUUUUUUUUUUUUUAAAUUAUGCAAGAAAUCCAAACUAUUCUAAUAAUAACGUGAUCACUGUGAUGUUUGUGUUGUACUUGUAAAAUGAAAACCAAGAGAUAAUCACGCGAGGAACGGUAAAAGACUCAGUAUCUGUAAUAACCAACCAGCCUUGUCUUUAUAUUUGAACUACACUUAUGAAUGAACAUCUAUGCCUUUAUAUGACCAUAUUAUUGAAUGUCUUGGCAGCAAUGAUAGCAAUAUUAAUCUUCAGAAUGUACAUACCUGUGCCUUCAAAACCUUUAUCAUGACUUGUGUGUCUGAUUUGCUGGAUGGAUGGUUGCUGGAGUGAGAGCUCAAAGAAUGUGCAGCCUGAUGUAUCAAGAGUCCGUUGACGUGACAAUAACACUACAGCUGAUGUAAAACGUCUGCAGGAAGUGAUGCUGAGCAAAAUAUGAUUUUAUUUUAAAUAAAGACACUACUUAUUUCACCA